UUUGUGGUAAUCAAACAUGGAGUAGGUACUGCAGGAAGUGAUAUAGUUGUUUUAUUCAUUAUUGUUUGAAUUUUCUGUUUGUUCUGAAACUUAUAGCUUUUUAUCAAUACAAACAAGAUAUUAUUUAUCAAUCAGAAUCAAUAUUUAUCACCUUAUCAUAAAAAAAAAAACAAUGGAGGCUCCUCAGUGCCCCGUGUGUGUUCAGGCUAUGACUGUGCCAAUAUUCCAAUGCCAGUCCGGGCACAGCUUAUGUAAUACCUGCACCAGUAAGUUAACUCCACCGAUAUGUCCCAUGUGUAGACAAACCAUGACUCAAAUGAGAAACUGGCAAUUAGAAGACUUGGUGGCACAGUCAGUUACACCAUGUCCAAACAAGAAUAAGGGUUGCAUCAUAAGAUCAACAAAGAAAGACAUGGAGGAACAUCUAAAGGAGUGUAUUUUCAGGAUGCUUGAUUGUCCACUUGGCAAAACAUUUGGAACCUGUUCAUGGUCUGGAAAACACAAGGAUUUAAUGAACCACUUCCAAGAGUCUCACCCUCAAAACUGUGAUAAAAAGCCAAAUUCAGAUAUAACUUUUGAAAAAAUUUCUACUACCUCUGAUUAUCGAUUCCUAUAUUUGCUCCAACAGAACAAACAAGUAUUUAUUUUAUCAUUCAAAAUUGACACUGUUCAAAAACUUGCUUAUUGGUUGGUGCAAUAUUUGGGAACUAAAAGUGCAGCUAUGCAAAAUAUUUAUGAGAUACAUAUUACAAGUUUGCAAAAUGUAAAACGAAAGGUGGUGUUUGCUGAUCACUGCUUCAGUGAUUCAUUGGAUGUCAAUGAUGUUUUUCGUCAAGCCAAAUGUGCUGUAAUGCCCCUAAUAAUGUUGAAUCAUUUUAUUGGAAAUUCCAAAUUGGUAUUUCGCUGUUUGAUUAAACGUAGAAGUAGUGAACCAGAGCCUUUGGUUAGUCAAAAACCAAAUUUCAUGAAAGGUAGAUCUUUAAGUCAAACUAGACCGGGGCCUUCACAAGGUAGACCAAAACCUAAUACUUAUCAUCAAACUAGACCGGGACCUUCACACGGUGGACCAAAACCUAAUACUUAUCAUCAAGCUGGACCGGGACCUUCACACGGUGGACCAAAACAUAAUACUUAUCAAGGAAAGCAGAUAUAACCACAAGGGAAACCUAUUUAUAAUUUUUUCCUUCUGCCUU